UCUUUUUGGAAUUGUUAGUGUAUUAAAUUGAGGUACAAAUAAAUAAAUAGAAUCCUCUUCAUCUUUUGCCUGCAUAUUACACCAAAAGGACUUCACAGUCUCUGUCUCCAUCUCAGUAAAGCAUAUAGCAUCUUGGUACCUUUGCCUUAACUACUUCAACAAUGGACCAUGACAGGUUGAAUUCUCCAAGCACCUCUAUGAUCUCACUUGAACUUUUGGGCCAUCAACUACAAUUCUCGCAGGAUCCAAAUUCCAAGCAUUUAGGAACCACUGUUUGGGAUGCAUCCAUGGUAUUUGCCAAAUUUUUGGAAAAAAAUUCCAGAAAGGGAAAGUUUUGCCGUUCCAAACUCAAAGGAAAACGUGUUAUUGAACUUGGAGCAGGUUGUGGAGUAGCUGGGUUUGGGAUGGCUCUGCUGGGGUGUGAUGUUGUUACAACAGACCAAGUCGAGGUUCUGCCAUUGCUAAUGAGAAAUGUAGAGCGUAAUACUUCAAGAAUCAUGCAGAUGGAUCCUAAUUCAGAUUCAUUUGGUUCAAUCAAGGUUGAAGAGUUAGACUGGGGAAAUGACGACCACAUAAGGGCUGUUCAUCCACCAUUUGACUACAUUAUCGGCACUGACGUUGUUUAUACAGAGCAUCUCUUGGAGCCGCUGUUAAAGACGAUUUUUGCUUUGUCAGGCCCCAAAACCACAGUCAUGAUGGGGUAUGAAAUCCGUUCUACAAGUGUUCAUGAGCAGAUGCUUGGAAUGUGGAAAAGAAACUUUGAAGUGAAAAUAAUUCCUCAAGUUAAGAUGGACAGUAAGUAUCAGCAUCCAAGCAUUCAACUUUAUGUCAUGGGCUUAAAGCCGGUAGCUGACAGCACGGAAAGUAUGACUCAAACCAUUGGAAACGGUGAGGAUAAUAGUGAGGUGAAUAAGACGGAUAAUUGUGGUAAUGAAAUAGUACGAGAGGACAGUGAACCAGAGGUAAAGCUCUCGAGGGGAAAGCUUUCUGACUGGGAAGCAAGAAGGCUUGGCUCCAUGGCUGCUCGGCUUCUUAGAGAUGUAAAGAUUACAUAAGUUUUUCAGCCCUCGAGUCACCCACCUUCUUUUUUUUGUCAAAGCAAUCCGCACGUAAGGUACCAUCUGGUUCAUUGGAAAUCAAAUUUGAGAAGAUCUAAUUAAUGGACCUCGAAGCGGACGGUAUCAGCAUGCUGAAAACUCUUGCGUUGCUUGCAUGAUACAACUUUGAUUGAAAGCUGAUUUUCAACAUCCAUAACAGAUUUAAAGAUCUUGUUUUGUCUAUCAUAUUAGGAAUUUUCGAUUCUUGUAUGUAUCAAAUUGCUCCUGAAUUUGUAUGUGUUGGUCAAUUAACAUAGAAAUUAAUAUUAUUAUUAAAUUAGUCUGAAA